AUGAAGAUCGUUACCCUCUGGAUAUGGGUUUUUUUAGCAGCUCUAGGGCGUGCUUCGGACAGUGGACCAGAUCAUGUGUUGGAAAAUGAUAUCAACAAUGACUCACAUCAUACAAAUAAUUGGGCGGUUUUGGUUUCCACUUCUCGGUUUUGGUUCAAUUACAGACACAUGGCUAACGUCCUUAGUUUGUACAGAACGGUGAAAAGAAUGGGUAUUCCCGACUCUCAAAUCAUAUUAAUGCUUUCUGAUGAUAUUGCAUGUAAUCCACGAAAUGCCUUCCCAGGAACCGUAUUCAAUAACAUGGAUCAAGCUAUUGAUUUGUAUGGUGAACUGGUUGAAGUUGACUAUCGAGGUUACGAAGUUACAGUGGAAAACUUCGUCAGAUUACUCACAGAUAGGUGGGAUAGUAAUCAUCCAAGAUCUAAGCGAUUAAUGACAGACGAAAACUCUAAUAUUUUCAUCUACUUAACAGGACAUGGUGGUAACGAAUUCUUAAAAUUCCAGGAUGCUGAAGAAAUAGGAGCGUAUGACAUUGCCGAUGCGUUUGAACAGAUGUACGAGAAGAAGAGGUACAACGAAAUCUUUUUCAUGAUAGACACUUGUCAAGCAAACUCGAUGUACGAACGGUUUUACUCUCCUAAUAUAUUGGCGGUUGGAUCCUCCAAGGUGGAUGAAUCUUCGUACUCUCAUCACUCAGACUUGGAUCUCGGGGUUGCUGUCAUCGACAGAUUCACAUACUAUACGCUUGAGUUUCUCGAGAAAAUCGACAAGAACUCCAAUGUUACGAUGGAUAAGCUUUUUGAUGAGUAUACUUUCGAGAACGUGCAUUCCACACCCGGAAUCAGAACCGAUCUUUUCCGCCGUAAUGUCAGCGAAGUAAGACUUACUGAUUUUUUUGGCAACGUCCAAGAUAUGGAAGUAGAUACAGCUCAAGACGAGAAAAUCAUGCACAUCAUGAACGAGGUACACAAGCAAGAAGCCCAGGAACUGCCCCGCGAGAGCCAGGCAGAGGUUACAUUUAAAAGCACUUAUGGUAAACUCGACGAACGAACUGCAUUAGUUAAGGUCAGUGGAACUCAGAAGAGACUUAUUGCUGGCUUUACUGCGUGUGUGUUGGUGGGUUUAUGGGUUAUAGCGAAAUAA